ACGACUGAUCGAGAACCUGUUAAAUAUUAUUGUAAUCAAGAAAUAUUUUACAUUCCAGUUGACCCAAAAACCCUUUUCCUUGGAUGGACUGGUUAUAUUUCAACUGACAGCCAUUAUUUUACGUGCGAAAAUCCAACAAUAAAUGUUAGCAACUUUCAUAUUGUCUUUGUUGUGAAUAGUCAUAGUUUUAUGUAUUCUAAUGAUUGCAAACCAAUUUGUUCAAGUUCUGCAAUUUUAAAAUUGAAAUUAUUGCAUGACAAUCAACUCAAAGCUAUAUACAAUGCAGUUUAUACCUUUAUUGAUAGCUGUCAUUUCUCAUGUAAGGUAACACCUUCUGAGCAAAUGACAGUAGAUCAUGAUACUAUAUCUUUGGUUAUUUUUGACAAUACUACUAUUACUGCUUUUGAGAAUAAAAGUUUAUCGAAAUCUAAAGAAUUAUUAAUAAAGAUGAUAAAAUAUAAUCUUAGUGGUGAUAAUAUAUAUAGUAAAG